CACCGUCAUGUUGGCACGUCGUGUGCCCUCCCAAACAAAAUAAACAUUCCAAUUUCGAAAAAAACACGCGUAGUAUUUGACAUUUAGUAAAAUUACGAACCAAUCAGUGCAUUUAUAUAAGGGACCAUGUUUUUUUUACUGAUAUUAGCGUUAGUCGGGUCUAUUACCCUAUGUUUCUUGCUAAUAGAUUCCCUAUGGAGUGUGUUGGAGCUUAUAUCUUCGUAUUUGAUGCCUUAUUUCCUGCCCACUGAGGUGCAGCCACUAUCCAAGAAGUUCGGACCUUGGGCCGUGGUGACCGGUGCGACAGACGGUAUCGGAAAGCAAUAUGCGCUGGAGCUGGCUCGGCGAGGGAUCAGCGUCGUCAUCAUCAGCCGGAACCCUGACAAGCUCAGGGCAGUGGCUUCUGAGAUAGAGAGGACACAUAACGUGAAGUCCAAAGUGGUGGUGGCAGACUUCAGUAAGGGAGCUGAAGUGUACCCAUACAUUGAGGAGCAGCUCAAGGACAUACCCAUCGGUAUACUAGUCAAUAAUGUAGGCGUAAACUACGACUACCCGAUGCCAUUAUGUGAAGCGUCCCCCACCAAGCUUUGGGAGCUGAUCAACGUGAACGUGGGUGCUGUGACUGCCAUGUGCCGGCUGGUGCUGCCCGGCAUGGUGCAGCGAGGUCGAGGGGCCAUCGUCAAUGUAUCGUCUGGGUCUGAACUCCAGCCACUACCUUUGAUGACUGUCUAUGCUGCUACAAAGUCGUACGUUCGAAGCUUCACGUACGCAGUUCGCGAGGAGUAUGCUCCCAAAGGUAUCCACAUUCAGCACCUGGCACCACUCUUCGUGUCCACAAAGAUCAAUGCCUUCUCCCAGCGGCUGAUGGAUGGCAACCUCCUCGUUCCUGACGCUGCUACGUAUUCCAGAUAUGCAGUCUCUACCUUGGGAAGACAGCAUAACACUACUGGGUACUGGUUGCAUGGAAUACAGUACUUCCUCAUCAAAGUGGUACCAGUUUGGUUGAGGACGAAGGUGGGCAUGCAGAUGAACAUACAAUUCCGCGACGAAUACCUUCGGAACGCUAAGAUAAAGGCCAACUGAGUGUCAUCCAUAGAACCAGUCGA